UGCAGCGGUUUGUGUAAAUUUUUGUUUAUGUAUUUUCGCAAUGCAUUUAUACCUAUACAAAUGUUUUAAUAAUUUUGAUAUUUAUAUUAAUAAUUAAGUGAAUGCAUGAGUUUUUGUGACAAAGAAAAGGUUCCCUUAAGUAAGCAUUUGGAAUGGAUGCAAUGUUUAUUCCCAGUUGGAGCCCUGCGACUUGCUGUUCGGCCACAGUCUCUCGCAAGUCGCAUUUUAGUUUUGGUCUCUGAGGUGACACUACGUCUUUCGCUAUAAUUUAACAAAACAAUGUUAUCGAAUUCGUAUCACAGUUUGAUUUACGAUGGACGAUAAUAAAAUGAUUUUGAUACGAUAUCAGACUUUUCGUAAACACUCGACAGACAAUAACUGCGAUAGACAAAUUGAGUGAGAGUGACCAGCUUAAAGAUAUAUUUGUAAAAAUGAGACAUGCAUUCGGUCGAAAUGCAAAAAAGUGUAUCAGUGCAAGUAAAUAGUGAUUUCGCGCUUUUCUUACCGAGCGGGGUGUACGAAAUUACAAAAAUGGAGCCAAGAUCAAAACUUCGAAAAGUGAUUUUGUUUUGCUUACUACUUUCACUUUUUGGGAUGGUUGCAUUUGGAUAUUUUUGCCCUGACCAGGUUUGCGUGGUGUCGCCCAGGGAGAGGGUGGCGGAGUCUCUCGCCCUCACGUACGCGGAGGCGCCGGGACGGCCGCUGCCGGACGCGAUCGUGCAGCCGGGCCUCUCUUACGACGAGGUGCUACACGACGACUUCAGAUUUGACCUCAACGCCCAUGACGUUAUGGUCUUCCUGCAUAUACAGAAGACUGGGGGCACGUCGUUCGGACGGCACCUCGUUAUGGAUCUCGAUUUGAAGAGGCCGUGUAACUGUCAACGAGCGCGAAAACGCUGCCAUUGUUUCCGACCGCACAGCAACGAAAUAUGGCUGUUUUCGAGAUACUCCACCGGCUGGAAGUGUGGCCUGCACGCCGACUUCACGGAGUUGACAGCGUGUGUAGGGGGAGAGUUGGAUAGGCACGAAGGUUCCGCAGUUCAUAGAAGAUACUUCUAUAUAACACUUCUUAGAGAACCUGUGUCCAGGUACUUAUCGGAGUACAGGCACGUGAAGCGAGGAGCGACAUGGAAGGGCUCAAGACACUGGUGUCAAGGACGAACCGCUACUGCGGCAGAAGUGCCCUCAUGCUACACAGGCGAGUCAUGGCGGGGGGUGACGCUCGAGGAAUUCACUGGUUGUCAGUGGAACUUGGCCAACAAUCGGCAAACCCGCAUGUUGGCGGACUUGGCGCUCGUCGGCUGCUACAACGGCACGCUGCGGCACCGCAACAGCGAAACAGACAGGGUGCUUCUGGCGUCAGCCAAGCGAAACUUGGCGGCCAUGUCGUACUUCGGGCUGACUGAGUUUCAGAAGAUAUCCCAAUACGUGUUCGAGGAGACGUUCAACCUCCGGUUCGCUGUGCCGUUCACGCAGCACAACGCGACCGUGUCGGGCGCGACGCUGGCGGCGCUGUCGCCCGCGCAGGUCGCGCACAUCAAGCGGCUCAACUCGCUCGACCUCGAGCUGUACGAGUUCGCCAAGGGGCUCAUGUUCAAGAGAUUCGAAGCGCUAAAGAAACGAGACAGCGACUUCGAGUUCCGAUGGCGGCACCUCGGUGAGGUCGCGCCUCGGAACGGCGUCACCGAGUUCGACUGGGACAGUAACAUAGAAGAUGCUACCACUGAAAAGAACAAAGGCAAGUAAUGCCGCUUGCACUAGAAGGUUAUGCUGCCGUUGUUCUAGAACGGGGGAUAGUGCCGCCGUUGAUCUGGAAUAGGGGGUAGUGCUGCCGUUGUUCUAGAUCGGGGGAUAAGGCAGCAGUUGCUCCAGAAGAGGGGGUAAUGCCGCCGUUACUCCAAAUGAGGCAGUAAUGCCGCCGUUCUUCUGGAACGGGGAUAAUUCCGCCGCUGCUUUUGUAAUAGAGGAAUGGAAUAUGAACAAAAAAGGGAAAUUCGCGUCUUCUGGGUGUGUGGGUGGGGUUCAAAACUCCCCCCGGAUAAGUCGAUAGCUAUUAGAAAUUAUUUGUAAAUAGUUCUGUGAUGGUAAAAAAUCGUGUGUAAUAUAGUCUCAAUUGACAAUAAUGUCAAUAAAAUUAUCAAAAUCACACAUAAAGUAAUGAAAUAUAAUCAAUUAUGUAAACAUAAAUGACCCUUUUUCAACUAUUGCACAAUUAAAAAUGUAUAGUCACACGAUUUUUCACCAAAUGCAAUGACCUCAAAAAUAUAUGUCGGUGACGUCACACAGGUGGCAUAGAUAAGUUAUUGAUUAAAAGUUAUAUUCGUCGAGUGCAUUCGCUAGUCAUUCGAUAAAUAAUAAUCACCCAUCGUGAACAAGUUGUAUACAUUCGUUAGCAUUUAAUUUUUAUAUUCUACAGCAGUUGUGAAAAAUAACCUGUAAAAAAUAUACCUGAAAAUGAAACCUGACAGCUAGCUUUUACUAUUAUUCAAUUUCAAUAUGGCAAUCUCAACAUUCGUAAUUUAGUGCAAUGUACAUAUUUGUUUUAAGGCAUUUAUUUUUUAAUUUUUUAUCUGUCCUUUUGUGGCAUUGUUUAUUCUAUUAGUGUAGAUAGAUAAUGUUAAUUUUUGAUCAAAAUUAUUAAAAUUCGCAUUUAAUUUUUCGAGUGAGCUUUAUUUUUAAGUGUAGUCCCAAUGAAAGGUUGUUGAAUCAUAGAAUUGCUAUUAUAUAGUGGAUAAACCUUUACGGACACGACAACGCUAUUGUAAAUUUUUAGCUCAACUAUGAAGGAUUAAGUUUGAAAUGUAUGAAACUCUGCACGUCUGGAAAGGCUUUACUAAGGUUGCUAUAUAUCGGUGUUGUGUAGCUUAAGGUGACAGCUAUAACUAUGUAAUAGUAAAACUGUGUGUAUGAAUGUUGACGAAUGGUAACAGGGUAUGGUCUGUGUCUACAAAACCCAACGAAAUGUGUUUCUUUAUUUAGUUUCUCAUGGUUUUCCAGUGUGCUGUGAAUUAUAAUCGAAAAGAAAAAAUACCUUAUCGGUACAUUUAUCGGGUACUAAAAAUCGUAAUCGAUAUCUUAUUGUCUAUAAUAUUAUCUUUAUAAUGAUUAUUUUGAAUAGCGGUUUUCCCCGUAUUAUUAACAAAUCGGAUUUUUAUCGUUAAUUUAAUUAGACUUAUCAGAAAUUAUCUAAUAUGAAUUAUGAAUUGAUACAGAUUUAUUAAUAAACUCUAAAAUGAAUAUUUUAACAUAACACGUUGGGAGUGUCUUUUAAAAGGAAAAAUAAUAUAAAA